AUGACUUUGUAUAAUCCACACGUUAAUGGACCUGGUGCUGCUUCCAUAUAUCUUGAAAGAGGAAUCGAAAGGAUACAAGCCGGGUGGAUUGUGGAUAACGGCCGGAUAACAGGAUGUUAUAACAGUAUAUGUCCAGGAUAUGUUCAUACAAACGGCGAAGUACCAAUAGAUUAUGCUUUCCCAAAGGUCUCCUUUCCAAUGUUCGACAACUACGAAGUGGGAAUUAGGAUCUAUCUGGAUGAAGAUUACUGGCUUCAACUAUGGUUUGAAACGGAUGUUGGAUUUUGGCCUUUCAACAUUUUCAAGGAACUGAAAAAUGCUGCAAAUAUUGCGGGAUAUGGAGGGGAAGUGUUCACACCAGCAGGUGAAAUGGUAAGCCCUCAAAUGGGAAAUGGUCAAUUCUUGGCUGGCCUUCAACGCUCUACUUGUCAUAUGCGUCAAGUUGUGUAUGAAGGAGAUGUUCAAGAAUUUCCACCUGACCCUUCUAUAGUCACAACUCAUCAGUCUAGGUGUUACUAUGAAGGAAGUGAGAAUAAUGCCUUAGAUGAUUACUGGGUUUAUAAUUUCAUUUUUGGAGGUGAAGGUAAUUGCACUGUUCCUCCAAUAUAA